AUGACAAUUCAAUACAAUCAUUCCAAUAAUCCACUGACAUCCAAUGAAUACCUAGAAACUCUCCGUCAAUCAAUUAUAAGUAGAUUGCAACAAUCAAUCGAAAUCGAAGAGCAUCAAGGUGUUUUAGAUAUAAAAGAACAUGAACUUGAGAAUAUUAAAAGAUAUAAAAUUUGA